AACGGACCACCCGAUCCAUUAAGGAGAAAGGAAGGAAGAGAUUGGCGAUGAGUGCCUGAAAUUGUCCUGCAGAAACGAUCCGCGCGAUUGAAUUUUUUUUUUUUUUUUCUCUUUCAAGUCAAUAUUCGAUUUGAAGGUGAUUCCAAUAUCAGAAUAUGGAGGAGAUGGACAUUGAACAGGUAGUGGAUGUACCAGAUACUCCUGAUAGAAUUAUUGCACACGCACAAUUAGGAAGGGAAAGUAAUUCAUCUGCAGCCGCUCAUUCGAGAACUUCUGAUUUUAGGGAUAAAGAGUGUCUGAACAAGCUGGGGGUAAGUAGUAGGCUGGUCGGUGAAAGUGGGCAUGAUAGAAGACUUAGGUUAAAUCGUCAAGGUGUUCCUGUCAACAUGGAUGAACUUAAGCCUCGCAAUAAAUCUAUUGCCUUUUCUCCAUCAGAAAAUUUCUAUCCUUCCAAGAAUAUUCCUUUAUUUAGGAGAGGAGCGAUGGUCAAUGACUCCAAGCCUGAAACUCAUAAUAUUGGAAUGCGAUCUAGGGACAAAGGGAAAGCUGAGCAUAUUAAAAUGCCUUCAAAACAACCUCUCUAUCUAGAAAAAGAUGCUCUUUUUGACAUGGCCUUUCCACGCAGUGCAUCAAAAUCUCUGCAGGCUCAAGAGACAAGGGAUGUUCAGAUAUCAUCUAAUGGGGAAUCUUCUUUACAUUUUUCCCGUAUGACAUCCAGCAAUAGCUUAAAGGGGAAAGAAAAAAUUGGUGUCAGUUCAUGUAAUGGUUCUGGUUCCGCAAUAAAUCAUGGAAAAGAGGUUGACCUCAAUAGUGUUUCUCAACCUAAAGUGGAAAAACAAAUGUCUGCUUCUCAUCUCGCUGUUACCUCACCAAGAGUAACUGGGCAAAAAAGACUGGUGCGAAAUGGGUGUAUUUCACCACAUAAUAUAGCCAGUAGGGCUCAAAGAUUAGCUGAAAGGCUCCGAGUUGGUUCCGCUGAUAUUGGAAAAUAUCAUUCCAGUAAUAUGGUUUCUGAUGGUCCACCUACAGUAGAUAUCAAGGAAGUAGUUGCUGAAGAGAAUAAUUGUCAUAGAGCUAAAGGAAAAGGGUUGGUACUUCAUUCUUCUAAAUCAAAGGAACAUGAUGCAAAAGUUGCAAAUGUAUCUACCAGUUCUGGGCCUAACAAUAAAGCACCUAAUGAAUCCAGAGAUGCAUUAUUAGGUGGUUGGAGAAGUACACGCAACCGUGGCAAGAAAAUGUAUUAUCCUGAUGAUGAAGAUGGAUGCUUUGGUGAUGAGCAGCUGGAAAGAAGAGAUAAUGGAAAUGGAAACUUUACCAGUAAUGGAGGUGAUUCUACAGAUCAGGGUGAAGGCCAGACUGCGUCCAGACAUGUGUCUGGGCAUAAUCAAACAAGUCAACCACAUCAUAUUGGGAAUGGACAUACUAAAAGGCAAAAGAAACGUGCAUUGACUUUAAGAAAUCACAGUGAAUGCUCUUCAAUUGUUCCUGACGACUCAGAAAUAUUUUUCCUUGGCUCAUCUCUGGAGUCAUCCAGCUCAAGAUCAUCCAGAACGUUGAAUAGACAACAUCAGGGCAUUUUGGAUCCGAUAUAUGAAAUUGAUGAUGAAUCGUUUACUGAAAUGAGAAAUGGCAACUCUCAGGGGUUAGGCUCUGUGAAUGAUGACUCAGAUGCAAGGGCAAGACAAGUGGAAGCAGAUGAGAUGCUAGCUCGUGAACUCCAAGAACAACUGUAUCAUGAGGUGCCAGUAUUCGGGGGCAGUGAGCCUGAUGAAGAUCUAGCAUGGGUAUUGCAGCAGGAGGAAGACACAUUCCUUGCUGCUUCUAGUCAAAAUCACCCUAGAUCACGAACUAGAAGCUCCUCAACCCUGCAUGCAAAUAGACAGCCCCAGCCGCGGUCUUUCCAUAACCCUUCAAAUAGGAGAGUAGCCCAGGCUCGAGUUCCUGCUACAAGAACAUCACAAUUGAGGAGUCGCCUGUUCAACCGAUCCCCGGCAGCAUUAUCUAGAGCUAGGAAUCCCUCUCUUGCUACGUUAUCUACAGCAAGGAAUUUCCAGUUUCCUCUGGGCAUGGACAUAGAUAUGAGACUUGAUAUAUUGGAGGCAUUAGAGGAAUUCAGUGAUAUGAGUAUGACGACUAGUCGCAUCCUUCAAGUUCAGCGCGAUUUCAAUGAAAAUGAUUACGAAAUGUUGUUGGCACUUGAUGAGAAUAAUCACCAACGUGGUGCUUCUGUGAAUCGAAUUAACAGUUUACCAGAGUCUACAGUGCAGACUGAUAACUUUGAAGAAACUUGUGCAAUCUGUCUAGAAACCCCAACUGUUGGAGAAACUAUACGCCAUCUCCCUUGCUUGCAUAAAUUUCAUAAAGAUUGUAUUGAUCCAUGGCUUGGCAGAAAAACAUCUUGCCCAGUUUGCAAGUCAUCGAUAACUUGAUUUGCAGCAGCAAAUCUCAAUGGCUCAAUUAUCUUGCUGCGCCAGUUUGAGUCAAACAUGGAAGCGAUAUUUUUGAAAGGUAAUCAUAAAUACUGUUAUACAGCCUUCUGGAACAUGAUAUAGCAGAACUUUUUCUCUUGGGGGGCAAACUGGCAAUUCCUUCUUUCUUGUUUUGAUUAAAACAACAGCUUUGGCCAAUCUAUUAAUGGAGUCAAUUACUUUUUUUUUAGAAUAGAAAAUUCUGAAAACACUUCAUUAACUUCGUUGGAUUGAUUCAUGGUCUCAUGUUGGGAAUCACAAACAGAACCCUUGACCGAUAGAAUUUCUGAUGAAGUCAGUAAAAAGGGAACUAACUUCCCGAAUCCCAGGCAUCUGAGAUGAUGAUCUGGAGCACCCAAUGCCCGGACAUCGAGAUCCCUUUUGUUUGCGUUUUGGGGUGAAAAGAAAUAUGGAAUCGAUGAAAGCUUGUAUGAGCAUGUUUCAUUCUGUGCCAUGUCUUUUGUCUUCUCCAGUCCCUAUUCUUCUGUGCUAAUAUGGUGCAACGAACAUCAGCACCGUGUGUAUUUUCUUACUUGUUCCAUUUCAUUUUAGUAUAUUUCAAAAUGUCAAUUGAAUUCUUCAUUUUGAUUUGAU